GAUUCAUAUUUGGGGCCCGAAAUUUUCAGGGGCAUCUACUAGUGGUAUUUCACUACCACUGUGAAAAUAUGGUGAUGCAGUUAUCUCUAGUUUUUGAGAAUCGGGCUUAUAUGCAAUUGAAUAGUGAACUGCGUGACUUGGUUUGUUUGUAACGAUACUGAUGUGCGUAAAAAACCUGAGAGAUUUAUGGAUGACCCAGCUGUCACAAGAAACUGCUACAUUCUGAUGUAUGAAAGAGAAGAUGAAAGAGAAAAAGAGUUCACAGAAAUGGAUGCAUCUUCGAACUCUGGAAAGGAUGUCGAAGGGAAGGAUCUAGAAGAUAACAGAGAUUUUGUGCAAAAAGAAGAGGGUUUCACAAGCGCAUUGAUUGGCCCAUACCAAGUGAAUGCUGAAGAUAUAAAAUCUUUGGACGGCUCAAAUUGGAUAACCGACCAGGUUGUAAAUUCCUAUUUGUAUAUGAUACAGUCAUAUACAAACGACACAACAUUCAUGGAUUCCUUUUGAGUUCCACAUUGUAUAAAAAAGGGGGUUAUGCAGGUCAGAAAAGUAAACAAUUUGGAACACAAACGUGUGUUGCUAAUCCCUGUACACAAACCUGCACA